GGAAUGCCAGGCGAGGAUGGUUAUCCGGGAACACCAGGAGAGAAGGGAUGGCCAGGACCACCAGGUGCGCCAGGGCCAAUGGGACCGCAAGGACCCCCGGGUCCUGGUGGUGAGGAAGGACCUGCUGGGUCUCCUGGAACCUGUGUCUGUCAAGAUACAGAAGUUGUGAUGGCUGAUGUUAAUGGAAAAAUCCCUGCUCCAAGAGAAAAACCAUAUGAGGAGCCUGAACCUCCACGUCCACCUCAACUGCUUCAACCAUCAUCUCCAGUCCACGCGAAUGAAGUUGUGGAAGAGUCCUACUCAAAUAAUGACAAUGGUGGCUACUAUAACAAGCAAAUGCGUAAAAAGGCUAGGAAGCUGCGGCAGCAUUAG